CCGCACUGAGUUGUGGCAGCAGGUUAUCCGAGCAGUGUCUCCUCUGCAAUGUGUGGCACCUCAUUUGUUGAUGCUAGUGCUACACGUAGGUGCUACAAGGAGGGGUUGGGGGUCUUCCAUCAGAGAAGUAUCCCCCAGUGUACGCAAAUGCUACAUUCGUCCUGCAUUAUCCCGUCCUGCGUUAUCUCGUCCAUUGUAGCUGUGCAGCUGCUAAUCCUAUGUGGUGCAUGACAGGGCAUGAUUGGGAAGGUCGGGUGCUGCUACUCAGCUGAUCGGCUCGUUGACAAGGGUCGUCUCGUGGUUGCUGGUUUCGUCAAAUA